AUGCGAUCAUGCGUCCGAACUGCGCGCAGCCUUCUGCAGGCCUGGCGGACGCCCUCCAUACGACCCAAUGGCUUCUUUCCUCUCCCCUCCCCCAUCCUUGACCGUCUGCCAUGCCUAAGUAACGUCCAGAGGAGCUAUGCGCAAGCUUUCCGCCCCCAAGGCGAACUGGAAAAACGCAUCGCCGACAUCCCCAUCGAACGAUAUCGCAAUUUCUGCAUCGUGGCUCACGUGGACCAUGGCAAAUCCACGCUGUCGGAUCGCCUGCUCGAGAUCACAGGCACCAUCCAGCCAGGCGGCAACAAGCAGAUUCUCGACAAGUUGGAUGUGGAGCGAGAGCGGGGAAUCACUGUCAAGGCACAGACAUGCUCCAUGAUAUACAACCAUGAGGGGGAAGACUAUCUCCUGCAUCUCGUAGACACACCUGGCCAUGUCGACUUCCGUGCCGAAGUGUCCAGAAGUUAUGCCAGUUGUGGUGGAGCACUGCUUCUGGUAGAUGCUAGCCAGGGCGUGCAGGCCCAGACGGUUGCCAACUUCUACCUUGCCUUCUCCCAAGGACUGACGCUUGUCCCUGUUUUGAAUAAAGUCGAUUUGCCCCACGCCGAUCCUCCCCGCGUCCUCGAUCAAAUGCAGGAGACGUUCGAGCUCGACCCGGAAGCGGCUGUACUUGUCUCCGCAAAGACAGGAUUGAACGUCGCCUCGUUGUUACCGACCAUUGUCGACAAGAUCCCACACCCCAUCGGUAAUCUCAAGGGGCCUCUUCGCAUGCUCCUGGUCGAUUCAUGGUAUGACGUAUACAAGGGAGUCAUACUGUUGGUGCGCAUCUUCGACGGCCAGGUGCGACCUGGAGACACGGUCCGGUCUUUCGCAACAGGACUCAAGUACAUCGUCGGGGAGGUUGGGAUCAUGUAUCCCGACCAGACGCCGCAAACAGUUCUGAAGGCUGGACAAGUGGGCUACAUCCACUUCAAUCCAGGCAUGAAAAGAUCACAAGAGGCCAAAGUGGGCGACACCUACACAACCAUUGGCUCAGAGAAACUCGUUGAACCGUACCCUGGCUUCGAGGAGCCGAAGAGCAUGGUCUUCGUUGCCGCUUUUCCUGUAGAUCAAGAUAACCAUGAGCACCUCGAGGACAGCAUCGAGCAGAUUAUCCUCAAUGAUCGUAGCGUCACGUUGCAGAAGGAGUCGUCUGAUGCGUUAGGUGCUGGUUGGCGAUUGGGCUUCUUGGGUACACUGCAUUGCUCCGUCUUUGAGGACCGCCUGCGCCAGGAACAUGGUGCGAACAUCAUCAUCACACCUCCUUCGGUACCAUUCAAAGUCAUUUGGAAGGAUGGCACUGACUCGAUCAUCACAAAUCCCAACGAGUUCCCAGACCAAGACGAGGCGCAUUUCAAGGUCCAAGAAGUGCACGAGCCGUACGUCGCAGCCACCAUCACACUGCCCGGUGAAUAUCUUGGAGAGGUCAUCAAACUCUGCGAGUCUAAUCGCGGUGAACAGAAAGAGCUUACCUUUUUCACUGCCACCCAAGUCAUCUUAAAGUACGACAUCCCACUAUCUCAUCUCGUUGACGAUUUUUUCGGCAAACUCAAAGGCGCCACCAAAGGUUACGCUUCCCUUGACUACGAAGAUGCCGGAUUUCGCAAGUCUUCGAUCGUUAAACUAAACUUGCUGGUCAAUGGUGCUCCCGUAGACGCAGUAUCUCGCGUUAUGCAUACUUCACAGGUCGACAAGGUUGGACGUGUGUGGGUGGAGAAAUUCAAAGAGCAUGUCGAGCGACAAAUGUUCGAGGUCAUUAUUCAAGCAGCUACAGGUACUACAGGUAAACGCAUUAUUGCUCGGGCAACCAUCAAGCCAUACCGCAAGGACGUCCUGGCCAAACUGCAUGCCAGCGAUCUUAGUCGACGCAGAAAGCUACUAGAGAAGCAAAAGGCUGGUAGGAAGAAGUUGAGAAGCGUGGGCAAUGUGGUGAUUGAGCAAGAAGCGUUCCAGAAAUUCCUAGCCAAAUAG